AGUGAGCAGCUGCUCUGGACGGCCCAACAGACGGACACACGGACUGCUGGACACUCAAGCUUGCCAACCAGCCAGCCUGCACCCAGCGCUUCCCCUCCUCAGGCACGUCCAUCAUGUGGCCCCUCUGGUUCCUCACGUCCCUGCUGGCCCUGAGCCAGGCCCUGCCCUUCGAGCAAAAGGGCUUCUGGGACUUCACCCUGGACGACGGGCUGCCCAUGCUGAACGAUGAGGAGGCUUCGGGUACCGACACCUCGGGCGACCCGGACAUGGACUCCCUCACGCCCAACUUCAGCAACAUGUGUCCUUUCGGCUGCCACUGCCACCUGCGGGUGGUUCAGUGCUCCGACCUAGAUCUGAUCACUGUGCCCAAGGAGAUCUCGCCCGACACCACACUGCUGGACCUGCAGAACAACGAAAUCACCGAGCUUCGGAGGGACGACUUCAAAGGCAUGCCGCACCUCUACGUCCUGGUGAACAACAAAAUCUCUAAGAUACACGAGAAGGCCUUCAGUCCCCUGCGGAAGCUGCAGAAGCUCUACAUCUCCAAGAACCACCUGGUGGAGAUCCCUCCCAACCUUCCCAGCUCCCUGGUGGAGCUCCGCAUCCAUGACAACCGAAUCCGCAAGGUGCCCAAGGGCGUGUUCAGCGGGCUGCGCAACAUGAACUGCAUUGAGAUGGGCGGGAACCCCCUGGAAAACAGCGGCUUUGAACCUGGAGCCUUCGAUGGCCUGAAGCUCAACUACCUGCGCAUCUCCGAGGCCAAGCUCACCGGCAUCCCCAAAGACCUUCCCGAGACCCUGAAUGAACUCCACCUGGACCACAACCAAAUCCAGGCUAUUGAGCUGGAGGAUCUGCUCCGCUACUCCAAGCUGUACAGGCUGGGCCUGGGCCACAACCAGAUCCGCAUGAUCGAGAACGGAAGCCUGAGCUUUCUGCCCACCCUGAGGGAGCUGCACUUGGACAAUAACAAGCUGUCCAAGGUGCCUGCUGGCCUUCCGGAUCUCAAGCUACUCCAGGUGGUCUACCUGCACAGCAACAACAUCACCAAGGUGGGCGUCAACGACUUCUGCCCCAUGGGCUUCGGGGUCAAGCGAGCCUACUACAACGGCAUCAGCCUCUUCAACAACCCUGUGCCCUACUGGGAGGUGCAGCCAGCCACCUUCCGCUGUGUCACCGACCGCCUGGCCAUCCAGUUUGGCAACUACAAGAAGUAGAGGCAGCAGCAACCUUGCGGUGGCCUGAGCUGGGUCUCUGGGGAGCACAAUGAAUGUCCUGAAGGGGGAGGCAGAGCGAGGGAGCCAAGCCAGUGCCCAGCUGCACCCAAUCCAGCCCCACCCCGAUCCCCAACCCCCCACUCGCUGCCUCCUGACACCUUCACCCUGGUUCCCAAGCAUGCAGGCGGGGCAUGAGGCCCAGACCCCAUCACAUGUCCCUUUGGCUUCAGAGCUGCCCCUCCCCCCAUCAUAGCCAUUCAGAGGGGCUCCCACCAAAUUUUCUUUCAUUUCACCACAAAACCAAAUUGUCUGAAGCUCCAAUCCAGGGAAACUAGUCCCUGGGUCUGGGGGACGGAAGGGGAUGAGCAGACCCCUCUGAGCCCACCGCACCUGCCUGGGGCACAUUCCUCCUUCACAUGAACUUGCAGCUUCCAGCCCUCAUUGGCCUGGUCUGCCAUCCUUGGCCUCAAAUGGGCUCCCAUCUUUAUGCAAGUUCAUGGCCCAUCCAUUGGAGCCUCCUUGCUCUACUGACUCUUAGUCUGCCC